CUGAGUUGUUUAUAAUAAUUAGUGGCUGUUAUUUUCUACAUCAAACAAGGCUAUAAAAACCCUUAUUAAGUUGACACAAUUCUACAAAGAAGAGAGAAAGAAAAAAAACAUGGCUUAUAAUUAUAAGAAGAUUAUUUCUGUAAAUUUCAUCCUCCUUGUUCAUUUCUUGGUUUUCCUCUUGCUAACUAAUUCAGAAAUCGGGGAGGCUGCAUUGUGCAAGAGGGCAAGCCAGACAUGGUCAGGUAUGUGCACCACCACUCAUAACUGUGACAACCAGUGCAAGUCAUGGGAGAACGCAGAUCAUGGAGCUUGCCAUUGGGGUGGUGGGCAGAGGAAAUGUUAUUGUUUCUUCAAAUGUUAAUUGUUAUCUAUCAUCGACGGGUGAUCCUCGAAUAAUCGUCGUGUUUUUUCUUGUUUGAAUAAGUGUUAAUGCUUCUAAGAUAAUUCCUAUAUGGAAUUAGUAUAUUUCUUGAGAAGCAUUUUGUUUGUUUUCAAAUGUAUGUUGCACUCCUGUUUUCUUGUUUGAAUAAGUGUUAAUGCUUCUAAGAUAAUUCCUAUAUGGAAUUAGUAUAUUUCUUGAGAAGCAUUUUGUUU